GUUUGCCGUUAUGCUCGGCCGCGGACAAACUUUCAUCCUCUCGUGACUUGCUUUCUUUUCCCCCGCUCCAUCCAUGAAGCGGGACGCGGGGCGAAUGCGUGCCAGUGUUCCGGAGCGCGUCGUGAUCGCUUCUUUAUUUGUCUGAUAAAUGGUUUUGGAGCUCGCCGCGCCCGCCGGUGCAGGCCCUGCGCUCCAGCGCUGCAUCCCGCACAUCCAGCGGGUUUUCCGAGUCAAAGUGAGCUGCAGCACCGCCGAGUCCAGCUGCGACAACCCCGACGUCAGCUCCAGUAUCAUUGUAAACAUCGAGGACGGCAAGGAAGAAGAUUGCACUAAAGCUAAAGACUACAUUGUGUCCCUGAUCAGUCCUGUACAUAAGCACAGAGAGCGCUUGACGCUUUGGCUUCAGCGACGUCUACAUUCCCUACGUGCAGCUAUUGAGUAUGAAAGUUGUGCCGUGGUGCAGGUGAGGGACCAUGCACUGGAGCUUCAGGGAGGCCAUGCGCAGGUAACGGCUGCAUGCGCUAUGCUGCAGCGCCUCAAGAUGGAGCACCGCGGCUGCCGCGACCCCCAGCCCUCGCCUGCCGUUGCCGGCCACGACACUCCAGAAGAAGAGGAAGAGGAGGACGAAGAAGCUGGAGAAGAGGGAAGCAGUUCGGAGAGCGAAGGAGAAGCGAGGCAACAGAGUGGGGAUUCGAGCGGAGGGUUCGGCACAGCAGGGUCAGGAGAAGGAGGAACAGGAAGGAGACGAGAUCCACUCAUCGCAACCAAACCUCACCGACAGCUAUGUCGCUCACCCUGUUUGGACCGCCCUAGCUUCAGCCAGAGCAGCACCUUCCAGGAGUUACGCUCGGAUGACACGCGCAACGAACCCUCGCAGAAAGCGCCCUCGCUCGCACCAUUUACAUCUGCAGCCCUGCCAUCCUCGCGACAAACCAGCGAUCGAGACUACCAAACCAAAAUGGACUUUGCUCUGAAACUAGGCUACUCUGGAGAUCAGGUAGAGUCUGUGCUGGGUAAACUGGGGUCCAGUGCGUUAAUCAAUGACGUGUUGGCCGAACUGGUGCGGCUGGGGAAUAAAGGAGAACCAGAGAGCCAGGGAGGAGCGGGCACUGCCAGUUUAGUACCGCGGUCAACGGGAGCCAAAGAAGCAGUGAGCCCUGAGGCAUCGCUGGAGGAGGACACACCAGACACGUAUGACAACCUCCGACCAAUUGUGAUUGAUGGAUCCAAUGUUGCCAUGAGCCAUGGAAACAAAGAGGUGUUCUCAUGCCUGGGCAUCCAACUUGCUGUUGAUUGGUUCCUGGAGAAGGGCCACAAAGACAUCACAGUCUUCGUCCCAGCAUGGCGGAAAGAACAGUCAAGACCUGACGCACCUAUCAAAGAUCAGGAGAUCCUACGGAAGUUAGAGAAGGAAAAGAUCCUGGUAUUCACUCCGUCUCGCAGAGUCCAGGGCCGACGAGUGGUUUGCUACGACGACCGCUUCAUUGUUAAGCUAGCCUGCGAUUCGGAUGGAAUCAUUGUGUCCAAUGAUAACUACAGAGACCUGCAGAACGAAAAGCCGGAGUGGAAGAAAUUUAUAGAGGAGCGACUUCUUAUGUACAGCUUCGUCAACGACAAGUUCAUGCCUCCUGAUGAUCCUUUAGGCAGACAUGGACCCAGUCUGGAAAAUUUCCUUCGCAAGCGACCAGUCGUUCCAGAACAUAAGAAGCAGCCGUGUCCUUAUGGUCAGUACAGCAAAAGUAAAAAGUGCACAUACGGUCACAAGUGUAAAUACUACCAUCCUGAGAGAGCCAAUCAACCACAACGGGCAGUCGCAGACGAGCUUCGAGCCUUCGCCAAACUCUCUGCUGUAAAGACAAUGAGCGAAGGAGCGCUUGUGAAAUGUGGCACCUUGGGUGCGGCUUCCAAGGGUGACACUAGUUCGGAAGCGAAGCGAGUGGCACCCAAACGCCAGUCUGACCCAAGUAUUCGGUCCGUCGCAUGUGAACAGGAAGAGAGACUCUGCCCUGCGCGGAAGGCCGAGGCAAACUCGGUUCCGUCUUUGGUGUCAGCACUUAGCGUUCCGACCAUGCCACCGACAAAAAGUCACGCGGCGGGAGCUCUGAACACACGUUCGGCAAGCAGCCCUGUUCCAGGGUCUCUGCACUUUACCCACAGCUCAUUGGAGCAUGCGGGCAGCGUCCAGUACCCCCCCAUCCUGGUCACCAAUAGCCAGGGUGCCUCAGUGGCAUACGGUGAGCCUUUCCCCAAGUAUGACUCUGUAGUAAGUGACCACGGCUACUAUUCCAUGCUCAGUGACUUUUCCACCAUCAGCCUCCAAGACAGUUUCUGCAGUCUGGAGCAGCCAGAACCCGUGGGGGUCAGUGGAGGAUAUCCCGGCAGAGCCCCCAGCAUGUGCCCGGAACCCAGCCGAAGCCAUUCGUCAGAUUCCUUCUCGUCUUACAGCGGAGAGAUGUACCUCAACUCAAUGGAAGGGAGCCUGGAUGACAGCAUGAAAGGGCCACAGACGCAACCUUCUGCGCAAACCCGCCUUCAAGCCUUUGCUCACGGUUUCCAUCACGAGGGCUUGACACGUGUGCAGAGCUACGGUACGGAUGAACCCAAACCAGGACCUCGCAAACAGUCGUCGGCUCACCUGGCACCCCACUCCCAGCAUCCAGUUGUUGGAGCCCGAUCUAGUUGCCCUGGAGACUACCCUCCGCUUUCUCAGAACGUGUUGCCUUCAGCCAGCCCUGCACAACCGGGACGCUCUUUAGGCAUGACUCGCAUGGACAGCAUCUCUGACUCAAGACUCUACGAGAGCAACCCGCUGCGGCAACGCAGACCACCUCUUUGCAGAGAGCAGCAUGCUAGCUGGGACCCUCUGCCAUUCAGUAACGAACCGUACGGUUACGGAGGUUACGGUUUAACAGGAGGCCUUAUGCCUUGCUGCGAGAGGGUGAUGGUCCGCAGCAUGCCAGAGAAGAUGGAACAGAUAUGGAGGUCCCCAUGGGAUAGCUUGCCACCUUUAACGCCCUCCACUCGUGGGCUAAUGGGGGACCCCCAAGAGCGGCACCCUAUUCCAGAACACCAGUAUCAAACGUACCGAAAUCUCUGUAACAUCUUCCCUGCAUAUGUGGUCCAUUCAGUCAUGGAGAAGAACCCUCACAUGACCGAUCCCCAGCAGCUGGCUGCCGUCAUAGUCACUAAACUACGUUCGUGCCACUAAGCACAUCACGAAAGGCUGCUAACGAAAACACAGAAUAUACUAAUAGAUAGGUGAAUAGGUGAAUGAGAAAUGCUUUGAAUGCCUUGAGUCGUUUGUUUUAGGUCUGAAGAACCAUCCACCUCCAAUUCUUAAAGGAGUAGUUCACAAAAAUUAUUUAUUCGUAAUACUGUCAUCACUUUGAAAAUGUAAAGAACGUGUUGAUUUUUUCAGUGCAAUUACAAUGCAUGGGUACUGAGGGUUUCAUAUUUCCAAACAGGUAAUUUGGUACUAAAUUGUGUUCUUUGAAGCUUAAUUACCUCAAUCCAUAUGCAUUCUAAUUGCAUAAAAAAUAUAUUCAGGACAAAUUAUUUAUUUGGUUUUCCCACUGGAGACAGACAGUCUUAGAGGACAUAAGUAAAUUAAUUUAAAUGUUCAAAUUUAGGUAAUUUAUUAACUAUGUUAACUUUUGGAUUAGACAUGGAAAACGCUGCUUGUACCUCGAUUCUGCGCAUUAGCAAGUUGACCAGCAUGAUGGCAUUAAUGCUGCAUUGGCUGUAAUCUUAUUUGUUAAGCCAUAUAAGAGCCGGAAUCUUGUAUGAAAACAGAAUUUGGGAGAGAUGAGAUGAGCCAGAAUGGCGAAAAUGUUGUUUAUGGCAGGCUAAUGAAAUCCUUGUGCAUAAAUCUACCAAAAAAAAGGAGCCGUCGCAAUUUAGAUUGUUUUGGGGGUGAUGAUAACAUUUAUCUUUGGAAAAGGAGUUCCAAUAGGGUAAUCUUUUUGGUUAAACUAUCCUGCACAAUAUGAACAGUAUUGUGUCUGUACAUGUGUACAGAUUCACUUUCGUGUAAAUACGAUGUGACGCUGUUAUGCGUGUUUUAUUUUUUGUGUGUGUGAUGAAAGGAUUGAAUGGUUGCGACCUCAAAGCAUGAACUUUGAACUUUAAUGGCCUUACAUCGGAGUGACCUCACCUCUUAUAUUAUAAUUAUAUUAUAAUGUGAAUAGUGCUUAAUAGUGGAGGUCACUGUUUUGCAUUUAUUUUAUAAGAUAACAGAACUGGGACAGGAAGGAUUAGGUUCGCCAGAGCAAGGGUUUAAUUUCAACCUAUUAAUUGGCUGGACUUUAAACUGCAAGGAAUCAAGCCUGCUCGUUGUAACGUGACGUCUGUUUGCUUUCAAAGUGUUUUACGUAAAAGGUGGAGCCAUUUUAAAAGAUUCCACAAUGAGCCAAAAAGAUAAGGUAGGUUAUUUUCUAUUUAGAAAGCACUAGGUUGUACCUAGUUUGAAUGUAUUUCUUAGAUGUAGAUGUUGUUGUGUAGAAUAAAGAUUUUAAGAGAGAUUUUUCAAGAGCUUAGUAAGCAUGGGCUUUGGUAUAUCCAAGACAGCAUGUUAGCACUAUGCUCGACAGAGAGCAACACUUAACGUUUGGCUCAUUAGUCAGUCACUUCGGUAUUUACAAACUGGGGAGAAGAAUGCGUCUCUACAGCAAAAUGCUCACACGCGGCAUCUAUUUCCUGAUUGAUGCUGAGAGACCACACCCCGUUUCAUCUGCUCCGCCCUGUAAAUUAGCAUAUCUCGAGGAGAGUGUGAAUGUUUCUAGUCCAGAGAUGCUCUGGGUGUUUUAAAAAAAAAUUGCUCCUCCAUUUUUUUCACGAGCACAGGUGUGGCCCUGUAGGGCCUCUGUUAUUGCUCGUGGGAAGGUGUGACACACUGCCUAUCUGUCUCUUCCUGUGCGACACACAUGGAACACCAGGCUGUCGUUGGGUUGUUUCUGACAUUUGGUUGACAGUUCGCUUGCUGCCUUUCCACCCCUCGACCACCACCCAAACCGAACCUCUUCGCUCUCUAGUACAAACAUCAUAGUUAUUUCCCUUCCAACAGGCCAGCAUUGAUUUAACUUUUAUAGUACGACCGUCUUGUUUAUAGCUUUCGUAAAUUAAUAUUUUUUUACCUGUGUUAGGAAGGAGACGUAGUCUAUGCAAGUAUGCAAAUUCACAUGCGAAUGAGCAAAGCUUGUGGGUCCGUGAGGCAAUGCUGUAAAUGGAAUUUAUACUUACGCUAGGUUCAGACUCCCUUACAAGCAGUUGAGCAGCAAGCAACCACACAUCAAAUGUCCAGAAACGACCUUUUGCUUGUUGAUACAAAUUGUAUCUAUUUCUUGAUUGUAAAAUAUAUUUCUGAGCUGUACAGUAUCACUUAUGAGUAUAAAAUUUAUAUAUCUAUAUAUAUUUAAAAAAAGCUUAGUUUUGUUUAAAAAAAGGAUAAAGAAAUAUAAUGCCAUAAUGUCAGUGAUACCGUGUGUCACUUGAGUAGCCCAUAGAGAUGGCUUAUUUCCUGCCGGGCAGACCACUACAGACAGGGAUCUCUCUUUCGUUUCUUUAUAUUUUCUCACAUAUGCUCUACUUUCCCACAAUAUGACCUGUAAUGUGCAUCACUACAAAUGCAGAUUACAAGCAUCCGUAGAUUAUUUUGUAGAUUAUCUAUAGAUUAAUGCUCAUCUCAGUGAAGGAUUUAAGGGUGUGCUAAAUAUAUCAUAAUUUACUCUUUUAGCAUCUCUGUUAAAGGUAUAGAUUCAGGGGAGAUGCAUUGCGACACUUAUCAGUGCGCUCCUAAUAUAUUUUCCUCUUUGUAAAUAUUGAAAAUUAAUGUCAAACCUCUUAUAUUUGCACAGUGUAAGUGCAUUUACAUACAUACAUACAUACAGACUCAUUUAAAUCUACCAGCUUAUCUGAGCAGGAGCUCUUUUACACACACACACACACACACACACAUAUGCGCUCACUUAGACUCGGUGGGUUGCAUUGACAACCACAGUCAUCUUAAGUGAUCACAUGCUAUCGUUAUUAAUAUAACUAAUGUAAUAAUGUUGACUAUUGUGUGUGCACUAGUGUGAAUUUACAGUAAUUCACGAAUGUUUCACCUGUAACAUAGUUUACCUGCUACAGUAAAGCUACAGUCAUGGAAAUUGGAAACUUUAGAUUGGUGAAAUUUGCACAAUGAUGUAAAAAAAAAAUGAUUUAGCAAAUAGGGAAGAUUGAUCAACUGGAUUUGACUGAUCACACACACACAGACACAUCUCACGAGUAAUAUGUUAGAUUUUUCAGACUUGUACUGAAGGAUGUCUACAAAAACACACCCAGCAUACCCAUGUCGUACAUGCCUUACAAUUGUACUACUUUUUGAUUGUGAGAGUUGAGCAUAUUUUUCAGGCUGUACAGGACUGAGAACCACGUUACUUGUCUUUUUUAUCAGAAUGCUAAAAGGUGUUAAUACAAAAAGGAUUAUUUUGUUUUUUGCUGUCCAGCAAAAUAACAUUAAGGUGUUUUGCUGUCCAGCACAAUUGGUGUCGUUUUAAAAUCAGUAAAAUGAACACUGAACCUGAUUUUGAAAUUGAUGCACUUGCACGGGCUGCCUGGUUUUUAAAUUAAAAAUGUGCAAAGGACAAUUUCGACUGGAAACAACUAGUUCCCUGUGCAUGGUCUGAAAAGUGAUGAGAAGAGAUGGUUUUUCACAUCACUGCUUACAGAGCUGAUGUAAUCUGUACAUUUAAAUGUGUGUUUUCAAUAUUAAAUACACCAGCUAUAACUCACACAAACACACUUUCACCAACAGAUUGAUUCUCAGGAAUUAACAGAUGUAUUAUUAUUUCCGAUCCUUUAUGAAAGACAGUAUCCUCGAUGUUUGCUCUUAUAAAAUGCUAAUUGCGGCGAUUUGUGAAGUAGUGUGGAUGAUCUUGAAAAUGUGUUUAUAAAUUCAAGUUUUGCUGUUCAGUUAACAUUUUACCCCCUUGUAUUGUGGGUCUUUCGCGCCUUUGCAGGUCGACCGAGUGGUCACUUUUGAGUCUCGUGCUGUGAUGACGACAUACAUUAGUAUGUUUUACUCUACUGAAUGAAACAUGUUGCUUAUAAACUUGUUUUAAAUAUGACAAAAACAUGAACCAAAAAAGAAAGAAAAAGCAAGUGAAAAGGGUGGUAAUACUUUAUAAUGCUUUGGGUCUCUGGACUCAAACAAAAUGUAAGUCUCAAUGACAAAAGGUGUUUGUUUCUCUUAAUAAAGCCAGACUCUAUUUGGUUAACUGUUA